AAUGGUCAUUUGUCCUUGAAAACAAGUUUCGCAGGUACUUAAAAAUUUUGUUAGGUAGAUUUGUUAAAAUAUAUGAGAAAAUAAAAAAAAUAGAUAUAUAUAUAAAUAAUAUUUCAUAUGGAUGUUGAAUGUCAAGUGAUCUAAAAUUAUCAGAGAGUAACAGCACAAAGCUCUUUACAGAAUUUAGUGUACAAGCAUCUGCAUCUGCUGGAAGACAUAUAAUAGCAAAGAAAAAUAAACGGAGAGCGAAAAGAAACGAAAAAAAAAGUAUAAAAUGUAUAUAUAUAUGUAUAAGAAAACAACAAGUAUUGACUGUAGAUCUCUUGGAUCAUGGAUCUGAGAUCUAGGGACUUAAGUUGAGAACAGUGUGUUGGCAUUCGUCAGUUCACCGUUGGGACUUGACUUGAAAUGCUUUAACAAAAUAACACACGCAGGACGAGGGUCGUUAACACAUCAUAUUUGUUAACUUUAGUUAAACAAACUUUACAACUACAGCGGAUGGUUUAUUAUUUUGAGAAGCUGGUACUUUUAACAGCCCCAGCCAAAGCGGAAAAAUAUUUUUUUUUUUUUACACUAAAAUUCAUCGAUCGCUGGACCACGCGACAGUAAACAAUGGGAUUUAAUAGCGUCCACAGCUAAAACCAUUUUUGUUUUUUAAACAUAUUUUUUUAAAAAAUGAUCACGUAUCGCAAGUGUGUCAAAUGAUUAUUCAUUGUGUUGUUAUUCGAAAAAAUGUAACUUGAUAUAUAAAUAUAAUGAAAUUAUGUUAGUAGGUUUUUUUACUUGGUAAUAAGUACAUAUAUAUAUGGUAAAAAAAUAUAUAUAUCGUAUAAAUAGUCUGAGCUGGCCAUAAAUUAUUCAGUUAUAGAAUAAAUCGGUUGUUCUAAUCCUCAAGAUAUGAAUGAGUUAAUUAAAUAAUAAUAUUUAUUUGAUAAAAGAAAAAAAAUGAAGAAUUUUUUGACGAAAGAUACGACGAUACGGAUUGGAGAUACCGUUGAUAAAUCAAUGGGGAAAGUUAUUGAGUGUAAUGUCAACAUGAAUGUCUCGGUAUCGAAUAAUAAGAAAACGAUUGUUUAUCGAAGAAUACAAAAUUUAAUUACGUUAUUAAUUAUUGUUAUAUUUUUCAUUGUUUAUUUUCAACUUAAACGCGAUGUUAGAACAUUAGAAGCCCAGAUAAAUUCAAUGAAUAAAAAUUUCGCAGUAUUGAUGUUAAAAUAUGAACGAUUAAAUAGAAAUUUGAAUCAAAUUAACAUCCGACAGUACACAACUUCAAAGAUACGACAAAAAUAUAUAAAUAUAAAUUUUGAUAAUAAUAAAAAUAUAGAUAAUAAUAAUAAUAAUGAUGACGAUGGAAAUAAAUUAAAAACAAGAUUCGUAAGAUCGAUAGCCAGGUUUAACGAAUACAAUGGAACUGAUAAUGUGCCAAUGAUUACUAAUCAAAAUGAUACUGGCUGGAUUGAUUCACGUGCAGGAAGAUCCCGUAGGGAUGAUGGACGAGGUAAACAACGAAGAAAGCUCAAAAGGAGGCUAAAACGCAGUCGCAGGCGAUUGGGACCACUGGUAGCAACAUUCGUUGGUGCUGUUCCUGAACAACAUGUUACUGAUACAGGUAUUUACAUCGGCCCUUGGGUUAAACAAAACGAAUCGCGUUAUGGGUUCAAUAAAUUUCAUUUGGUCGAAGAUAAACGAUCUAUUGAAGUAACUGUUAAUGGAUUAUUUAUGGUGUCAGCUCAGAUUUAUUAUUAUGGUGAACCAUCACAUUAUUCAUAUUGGAUAUUACUAAGUUCUGAAGGCACAUCAUUGACAAGAAAAGUAAUAAAAUGUGCAACAGUAUCAGCAGUUACAGCAACUGAAGCGUCUUGUUAUACCAGCGUUAUUCUUCCUCUACGACGUGGGGAUCGACUGCAUAUACAACAACAAGAACGAGACAGGCUCAUUAAUUUACGUGAAGGUCACAGUUACAUACAACUGAUGCUACUGUCAAGUGAUCAGCAAAAACGACGAAUAAGUACUUAAAUAAUUCAGUCAUCAACUAGUCGUUUGCGUAUAUUCAUUACUAGGGCCAGGAUUUUUGCGUUAAUUUAAAAACAAUUAAUAAUUAGUGGUGUUAUGAAAAAAGUUUUCAAACAAAAGUUGUAGGAAAUUUAAUUUUGGACAAAAAAUGUCUCUUAUGAUUUUUUCUUAGGACUAAUAAGUAAGCCGUAAUUUCAAAAUUAAUUUUCAUAAUUAAUCAAAUUUUGAAUCAUUCAUUAUGAAUCUUAAUUUUUUAAUUGCAGUAAAAAUAUUAGUCGUAUUAAAAACGCUUUCAAACAAAAGUUGUAGAAAAUUUAAUUUUGGAAAAAAAAUGUCUCUUAUAAUUUUUUCUUAGGACUAAUAAGAAAGCCGUAAUUUCAAAAUUAAUUUUCAUAAUUAAUCAAAUUUUGAAUCAUUUAUUAUGAAUCUUAAUUUUUGAAUUUCAGUGAAAAUAUUGAUCGUAUAAAAAAAUUAUAAGAGACAUUUUUUUUUUUAAAUUAAAUUUCCUACAACUUUUGUUCGAAAACUUUUUUAAUAAGAUCAAUAUUUUCGCCGUAAUAUCAAAAAUUUGAGAUACUCAUUUAAAAAAUAAGGCAAAAAUCAUGUCCCUAUCAUUACUAUUUUUAAUAUUAUUAUCAUGAUAAUUUUAUCAAAGCUAAGGUACUCUGUGGUUACCAAACAUUUUUAUGCUCACUUUUACAAAUAAUGAGAGUAAUAAAUAAAAUAAAUCUAAGGAACUACUUAAAAAUAAUAAUAAAGAUGUAAGGGAGAUAUUUUUUUAAAAUUACAAUUAUUUUAUUUUUUUAUUUGUUUUUAUAAACUUUUAUUGUUAUUUUGUAAACUUUUUCAAGGUCAUCGUGCGCUUCGAAAUUGAUAAUUUUGGGAUAAAAAAAUAAAUUACUAGAGUAAAAAAAAAUUUUUUUCUUUUUAUUGAUUUAGAGAGGAAUUAAUAUUUUUAUAAAUUCUGAGUACUUGACAGUUGUCGUAAUUUUUUGAAAAAUUAUUGGAAGUGACAUUUUUUUUAAAAAAUGUGUAGCUUUCACUCAAUGUAAAAAAUUUUUUUUACGGAUAUUGAAAGCUUCUAUUAAAUGAAAAAAAAAAAUAUCAAAUUUAAUUCAUGAAAAAUCUGUGAUUAAAAAUUCGAAAUUUUUUUUAAUUUAAAUUUACAAAUUUUAAAAAUUGAAAGGAUAUUUAAGUAUUCAACAAAUGUUUGGUAAAUAUUUUGCAGUUACUACUCAUGCAAAAAAAUUAUUUUUUCUUUUUUGAUAAAUUAACAUUAAAAAUCUCCUGUACAUCCAUUCGUGAUUACCUCCCCUAUUAAAAAACUCCAAUUGAAAAAUAGUAAUUGGAUUUAAUCGGAUAGUUUCGAUAAAAUUAAAUUGGAUACUCGGAAUACUCCAAGCAAUUCUGAUUUAAUUUUCAUUUUAAUUGGAGUUUUUAAUAAGGGUCACUAAUAAAUUUUAUCAAGUCAUUUAAUAAGUCUUAAGACUGCCAUAAUUUAUUUUUAUUUUACAAAUAAAGCCAUAAAAUAAUUUUUAAAAAUCAUGUCAGUAAAAAUAAUAAAUAACAUUUUUAUUAAACGAUAAUUAAAAUUG